UUUGUUUAAAGCUUACUGGUGGAAAUGGAUACUACUGUGGGGGCACUACUAUCCCACUAACUGGGCAGCAUCAUGCAAGAAAUUUGCCUUAGAUCAUGCGCCGGCAGAUCGUGGAGUCACGGAGCAUGACAUGACAUGAUGUUGUUCUUCAAGGGCCUUAUGAUUGCUCUUCAAAGUCUCAAAGGCUGAGUGGUGCCUAUAAGAAGAAGGGUAUGCUGGUUCUUCAUCUCAAUCCUUCUCUUACAGGUGCUGAGCUCCUUUCUCUUGAGAAAUUAAGAUGAGGAAGAUAGCGUUGGGAAGUCACCGGGAGGCAGCUCAGGCUGAUUGUCUCCGAGCGGUGCUGGCCGAAAUUAUCCUCACCUUUCUGUUUGUCUUCGCCGGAGUCGGUUCGGCCAUGGCAUCAGAGAAGCUAGCAGGUGGGUCCGGAAUAGCCGGCCUGGCAGCAGUGGCCGUGGCACACGCGCUCGUUGUUGCGGUCAUGAUAUCAGCAGGCCUGCACAUCUCAGGUGGCCAUCUGAACCCGGCCGUCACGCUCGGGUUGGCCGUCGCCGGAAACAUCACCAUCUUCAGGUCGGCCCUUUACUGGAUCGCUCAGCUGCUGGGCUCUACCCUCGCCUGCCUGCUCCUCAGGUUCUUAACCGGUGGUCUGGAGACGCCAAUUCACGCGCUGCCCAGCGGUGUGGGCUACUUCCAAGGAGUAAUAAUGGAGGUGGUGCUCACCUUCUCUCUGUUGUUUGUGGUCUAUGCCACCAUAGUGGACCCCAAAAGGACAGCGGUCGGAAGUCAAGGCCCCAUUCUUGUAGGCUUGGUGGUCGGUGCUAACAUCUUGGCCGGUGGGGCCUUUUCCGGUGCGUCUAUGAACCCAGCGAGGUCCUUCGGCCCUGCCUUCGCCGCCGGGAACUGGACCGACCACUGGGUCUACUGGGUAGGACCACUUUUAGGUGGAGGUCUUGCUGGGUUCGUCUAUGAUGCAAUCUUCCUCACCCACACCCAUAUGCCGAUUCGUGGAGGAGAAGACUACUAGCUAGAGAAUGAGAACUAUGUACCCAUAUGCCGAUUCGUGGAGGAGAAGACUACUAGCUAGAGAAUGAGAACUAUGUACCCAUAUGCCGAUUCGUGGAGGAGAAGACUACUAGCUAGAGAAUGAGAACUAUGUAUAUGCUUAAAUAAUGUCAUGUUAAUUUGCUUUUACAUAAGCAUUUUAUUUCAAAAGUUCAAUAUCUAAA